UUGUUUCAGAAGCUAGACUGCGUUCGACGGCACGAGCGAUGUUGUGACUUCAGCGAGUCAGCUGCUAAUUGCAGUGCAUUAAGGGGGGUUAGCAAUGGUCUCUGCUAUUUAGACCUGUUUUUUUCUUUUGAGUUUAAUACCGUGGCUCGUUUCGCCUGUACGGACGCUUAGGCGACAGAAGUCAGGACCUCCUGUAUAUAAACAAAACGCAGCGAGCUGCUUUUUAAGGUGGCACCACCGAGACAGCAGCUGGAAAGUCGUUCGUUAAGUUAGCUAACUUCAUGUUGGCCGCACUGUCAAAGAUGGAGCUUGCUUCACGGCUUUGUCAGAAGUAACACGAUUUAAAUAAAAAUAAAAACUUCAAAGUGUAUCCGUGUUAACAUGAGAGAAGAGGCCGGUUUGAAAGGUAGGCAGCCUAUGGCAAAAGAAAGAGGGGCUGAACGUCGCUGCAGCUGGCCCCAGUUGACAGAGGAGAAAGGACUCUCUAACAAGAAGGGUGACCUGAGGUCUCCUGGUUAUCUGUCCAGGUCUUAGUAGUGUAAAAGUAAAGACUUUGGCUCGACAUGGAGACUGUGGGGAAAUUUGAGUUCAGUCGGAAGGACCUGAUAGGGCAUGGCGCAUUUGCUGUGGUCUUUAAAGGUAGACACCGAGAGAAACAUGACUGGGAGGUGGCAGUAAAAUGCAUCAACAAGAAGAACCUAGCCAAAUCUCAGACUCUGCUGGGGAAGGAGAUCAAAAUACUGAAGGAACUCAAGCAUGAGAACAUUGUUGCUUUACUGGACUUUCAGGAAACUGCCAGCUCAGUGUACCUGGUAAUGGAGUACUGCAACGGCGGCGAUCUCGCUGACUACUUACACUCUAAGGGCACACUGAGUGAGGACACUAUUCGGGUUUUCCUGCAGCAGAUUGCAGGAGCCAUGAGGGUCCUACAAUCCAAAGGAAUAAUUCACAGGGACCUCAAGCCACAGAACAUCCUGCUUUCUUACCCACCAGGAUGCAAGUCACACUCCAACAACACCUGCAUCAAGAUUGCGGACUUUGGCUUUGCGAGGUACCUUCAGAACAACAUGAUGGCAGCCACGCUCUGUGGAUCCCCUAUGUACAUGGCUCCUGAAGUAAUUAUGUCCCAAAACUAUGAUGCCAAGGCUGACUUGUGGAGUAUAGGAACAAUAGUGUUUCAGUGCCUGACUGGAAAAGCUCCUUUUCAGGCCAGCAGUCCCCAAGAUCUCCGGCUGUUCUAUGAAAAAAACAAGAAUCUCAGCCCCAACAUUCCCAGAGAGACUUCAAGCCACCUGAGGCAGCUGCUGCUGGGUCUGCUGCAGCGCAACCACAAAGACCGCAUGGACUUUGAUGACUUUUUUUGUCAUCCUUUCCUGGAGGCUAGCUCAUCUGUGAAAAAGACAACUCCUACUGUGACCAUGACUUGUUUGCCCAGCUCUGCAUCAGCCAGCUCUUGUAGCAGCUCUUCCACGUCUCACCUCGCCUCACCGCCGCAGUCGCUUGCUGAGAUUCAGCAGUUGCGAGCCAAAGCUCUGGCCUCUCCCACCCAGGAGGCCACUGGUUUUCUCCUUAAGGACUCGUCUGGAGGUGGCGGCAGCAGCAAGAACUCAUCCUCCUGUGACACAGAUGACUUUGUGAUAGUGCCUGCUCACUUCACCACAGGUGAGCUGACAAGUGAGAGUAAAGUGCUGCAGGACAGCCUAAUGAACAGCGGCUCUCUUUUAGCAUCAGCUGGUCUGUGUAACCAAGCCAAAACACCGCCGCACUCGCCUUCCUACAGUGGAUCACCAAGUCCUGUCAGGCCCAGCGAGUUCUCGGGAAGUAGCUAUGGAAACCAUGGUCAGUCAUUGCCUAUUCCAGUCCCCACUCAGGUCCAGAAUUACCAGCGUAUGGAGCAAAACCUCCAUUCUACCAAACAGGAUGGUUCGCCACGGCUGUCAACACCAGUGCGCCGCUGCAGCAGUGGAAGCUUGUUGGGCUGUGCUAGGACUGGACCUUCACCACCCUAUGGGCAGGGGGCUGUCACCACCAUCACCACCACCACCACCCGCAGGUUCUCCCUGGGAGGUGCCAGAACUUUGCAGCUCUCUCCUCAAGCUCUGCAGCACACUGAACCCAGGCUGAAUUCUCAGCAGCAACCACAGAGGGCAGGACUUGGCACAAGGCUCCACAGUGCCCCCUGUCUGUUGGACUGUGCCACUGGUGGUGGCAGGCAAAAAAUCCGAAAGCAGCACUCGGACCCUCUGGGUACUCCCUCAGCCGGACUCAUGGCUGUCCGCCCCUUACACUCUUCUCCCAGACUGAGUGAGCUGAUGCAGCGUAAUCCUCUCCCCACUAUUCUGGGCUCCCCCUCCAGGGCCAUCCCACCAUUUGAAUUCCCCAAGACUCCGAGUUCUCCAAACCUGGUGACCUUCCUGACACAGCAGGGUAUGGUCAUAGGCUCUCCUUGCAGCAGGACUGCCCCAGCAGAGCUCAGAGACCUGGUACACCAAGCACCCACACCGGUCACCCAUUCUCCUCAUUGCAUCCACAGAUGGAAUGAUGAUACCAAGAGCUUUGGAAGGUCUCAAAGUGCCGGUGGUCUGUCCGACGUGCUGCUGAUGGCUGCGUUUGGACCCGGUGGACCUGCAGGUGACCGAGGCAGCACAGAGAACCUGACCUCUGAAAAAGCCAUAGAUAUAACAGGAUCCCCGGGUGGCGGGGGAGGCUCUGGCAGCCCAGCACAGGUGGUUUUCACUGUAGGAUCUCCACCUAGUGGCAGCACUCCACCCUUUACCUCCAGACAGAGAAAAUACUCAGGCUCAUUCACUUCAGGCAGCCCUGCAGGCUCCUUAACCAGCCGUCAUCCUCCGACAGGCACCUGUUUGGAUGGCUUUGAGGCUUCUUCCAGUCCUCGUUACAGUUUCCCCGAUCCCAUCACAGCCAACAUGGGUGGUCGCGUCACCUUCGAGGCUCCCGAGCUGCCCGAAGAGACGCUGAUGGAGCAGGAGCAUACAGACACUGUGCAAAGGCUGCGGUUCACAUUGGAUUUUGCUCUGUGUCUAAUGGAGGUGGCUGCUGCCCGUGGUGCUACAGUGACAGGGGAGCAGGGGGACUUUUCUCAUCUCUCUCUCCUUCAGCAGCAGAGCCUGGUAGCAGAUCAGAUAAGCUCGCUGAGCCGAGAGUGGAGUCAUGCAGAACAGCUGGUUCUCUACCUUAAAACUGCAGAACUCUUGUCCAAUGCCUUACACACAGCAAUGGAGCAAGUUAAACAGGGCAAGCUUUACCCAUCUGCUACUGUCAAACAAGUUGUGAGAAAACUAAAUGAGCUGUACAAGUCCAGCGUGGCAUCCUGCCGCUCACUCAACAGCCGUCUGGAGCAUUUCUUUACCCGGAAGCAUCGCCUAAUGGACCAAAUCACCUCCAUCACAGCAGAACGGCUGCUGUUCAGCCACACUGUGCAGAUGGUUCAGGCUGCUGCACUGGAUGAGAUGUUCCACCAGGGGGAAGCAUCAGUCCUGCGCUACCACAAAGCUCUCUUACUGAUGGAGGGCCUGUCUCUGCUGCUCACUGGACAGGAUGACAUCAUCAGUGUUAGCAAAUGUAAAGAGUGCAUUGAACGGCGCCUCACAGCUUUGCAGGCAGGGCUCUGUAUAUGAUAGCCCUGCACUAUUUUGGGGAAUGUGGAAAGUAUGACAGUCGUUUGCGCCCCGCACAUUGCUAACUAAAUUUCCACACGCCUCUCAUGGUUCUCCAAACACGUGUUGGACGUAAAGAGGAUUUUGCUUCCGGCUCUGAAAAUGCCAAGAAGACUCCCCUCACUUCAAGUAUCGCAUUCAGGAGCAAUUAUUUCCAAGUAUUCACAUUAGCCACAUAUGGUACUUAUCUAAAUGCAUAGCUUUUGAAGAUCAACAGAUAUCCUUGCUAUGACCUUGCAGUGCGCGACUAUAGACAAAAUGGUCACACAGGAUCACAAACUGGAGGGGAAGUGCUGUGGACAUGUGCUAAUUUAAAAAAAAAAAAAAAAGUUGGAUUGUCCGACUAUCAUCCUCAUCAAAUCUACAUCUGUUUUAUACCCCUUGUUUGCUUUCCUGUGUUGUUUGUGUU